UUUGCGCCAGCCCACACUCACAUUCAUUCUAUACCCAGUCACGCACAUAAAAGGUAGUAGGAAUAGGGAUAAGACGUCACAGGAGAGGUUAUGUUUUGGGUAGAUAAUUUAGGAAUAUGGACGGGAGCGGUAGGAUCAAGGAUCGGUAAGGUAAGUAUCGAUAGAAUGUCGUAUAAGCAUAGUGUAGAGAGUUCCUGUAUUACUAAGUGUUCUGCGAGUAUGAUUUGGAUAACAGGACGCGUACGCUUUAUAGAUAAUUAAAGCAGAUGAUGCUCAACUGUAUGCUCAAAUAUGAAAUCGAUAAAGCAAUAUAUGACUAAAGUUACUAACUUUGACAGAUGUAGGUUAUGUUACUCAAGGCUAAUCACGAGAUGUAGCCGGUCAGCACAAGAGUUUUAUCACUGGGCAUGCGUGUAGUUCACAUGUUAUUGUGAUUGGUUGAUAUAAACCAAUCAGCUUUGCCUAGCUUCUUAAUUUGUUAAGAGACUACUACGUCAUAAUGAGCGUCCUAUGAAUGUUCGAAGAGCAUGCGCAGAGGGUGUAGAGAGAUAUUAUUAGUUUUCAUGAGCCAAUAGAGCACACAUUAAUUUCGGAUUGGAAGACAGAUGCUAUGUCGCCGACUUGAACUUGGGGCGCGCAAAUUUAAAAGACAAAUUCUGAUUUUAAUAGAUUAUAAGCAUAUUCUGCAAAAUUAUAUUUGAUAGGGAUGCAAAGUAAAGUAAUAUCUGCACCGCUCGCAUACGCUGUGAUGGCAUGGGUAUCGACAGGGAAGUUAGGCAAUGAGUUAUUUUAGGAUGUAGGGUUAUGUUAGCAGAGGUUGUUUCGCCAGCUGUCAGCUGAGAAAGCUGUGUGGCAAUAGGAUUAUAUUAUGCAACAGACAAUGAGAACGUACUUGUUUUCAGUAGGAAGUACAGAGCACGUAGCUUUACUUAUUACGAGCGAGAGUAAGCUUAGAAUAAAGUAAGGUAAGUUAUGUUUUAAGCCCGCUCAUUACAGUGAGGAAAUAUAUCGUUUUAGAUCGCCUGUGCAACUUGACAGGAUGCCCUCUGAUUAAUUAUUGCAGCUAAAUCGAGAGAUAAAUAAAUUUUUGAUCGUCUGAGAGCAGUGUAGUGUAGAAUAAGCACUAAUAUUGCAUAUGUGCACUUUCAGUGCCUACAUGGAUUGGCUUGUCUUCCAAUUUAAGACUAGGGAUUUAUUGGGCGCAUGUGAAUGGGCCCAUAUAGUCAUACUAGAGAGAAACUGAGAGCGCUUGUAGGGACUGUUAGUUCCCGGCCUAGGGAGUCCUAGUUCCAGCCUAGCGAGCGCUAGUUCCCAGGCUAGGAAUAUUUACCUAGAGUACGGCACGUACUUGGUGUGCACGUAGAGAGCCCCCUAGGCGAGUCAGUCGGAAUAAAGUCUUCAACCAGAGAACACGUUUAGUUGCUUAUCCAAAUCUCCACAUUUGGUGACCCCGACGAAUUUCAAGAAGAAAGGAAAUAAUGGCUGAGAAAGAAAAGGCAGUUGAGAAGGAAGAAGAUCCUCAAGAAACGAAUGCCGUGAGUCUCAGGAUUUCUAAAUUCUGGCCGGAUCGUCCAGCGUUGUGGUUCGCGCUCCUGGAAGGCCAAUUUGCGUUGCGGGGAAUCACGCAGGACGCAACACGUUACGGACACGUGUUGGAGCAAUUGGAUGCGAAGACUGCAGCUGAAGUGGAAGACAUUUUAAUUAAUCCACCGGAAAAUGGAAAGUUUGAGAAGCUCAAGCAGGAAUUAAUUGCGAGGCUCUCUCAUUCGAAGGAGAAGAGGAUCCGGAAGCUGUUGGAACACGAAGAGAUCGGCGAUAGGACGCCAUCACAAUUCCUCCGUCAUUUAAAGACUCUUGCGGAGGCGGACGUGCCGGAAGAUCUUUUAAAGACGAUCUGGAAGAAUAGGCUUCCAGCAAACGUCCAGACGGUGUUGGCCACCCAAGAGGAAGCGACGUUGGACAAGAUGGCGGCGCUUGCAGACAAAGUCAGCGAGAUAAGUCCCCCCGGAAGGGGAAGUACCAUCGCUGAGUGUACUGACAUGGAUCGGCUGGUAAAGCAGAUCGCAGCGUUGGUGACGGAGAAUCUGCGCCGGGAGUAUCGACCACCAGGUCGAUCGCGAUCGCGAGGGCGCAACCCACCAAUAGGGAGGUCCAGUUCCCGAAAAAGGAACGAGCAGCGUGGGGGUAUGUGUUUCUACCACUGGCGGUUCAAGGAAAAAGCGUACCGGUGUGUUCCCCCGUGUAAUUAUAAAGCGCCGGAAAACACGAGCCCGGGACGUUAAUGGCGACCGGCGAACCGGGUAAUGUGACGCGUCGCCUUUUCGUAAACGAUGCCGUGACGAAGACGCAGUUCCUCGUCGAUACGGGGGCUGACGUCAGUGUUUUUCCGCGGGUGAGACUCAGUGGUCCACGGACUCGAACGGAUUUCGAACUUGUUGCCGCGAACGGAACGCCUAUCGCGACGUACGGACAAGUAGUUUUAGAUUUAGAUUUAAGUUUGCGCCGUAGUUUUAUGUGGAGAUUUAUUGUAGCCGACGUAUCGCGACCCAUUAUAGGUGCGGAUUUCCUAAGUCAUUUCGGACUACUAGUCGAUUUAAAAAAUAAGCGCCUUGUAGAUAGCAUCACUAGUUUAAGCGUAAUCGCGGGUGUGUCGAUAGACAAUUCGUGCUCGGUGCGAAGUGUUGUAGCAGUGUCUGAUGGCGAGGUGCGGGAGUUGCUUGGUAGGUAUGUAGAUAUCACCAAGCCUUCCGCACAGUAUAAGAUACCGAAGCACUCCACGGUGCAUCAUAUCUCCACCACGCCAGGUCCGCCGGUAUCCUGUCGUCCUCGAAGGUUGACGACAGACAGGUUGGCGGCAGCAAAACGGGAAUUUGAAUAUAUGAUUCGACAUGGAAUAGCCAGGCCAUCCAAGAGCAAUUGGGCGUCAGCGCUUCACCUUGUUCCGAAGAAGGGAGGUGAGUGGCGUCCCUGUGGGGACUAUCGGGCAUUGAAUGCCAGGACGGUGCCGGAUAGGUACCCCGUGCCGCACAUCGAGGAUUUUGCCCAGU